CACACCCAGCACUUAUCCGAUGACUCCAAACAUUCCUGGUAUGCCAACCAUUAUGGCGUUACCACCGAACGUUACCAAUUCUUAUGAAGUUUCAAUCGCACCGCCUGGAUCAAUUAAUGCCCCAGGACAACAGAGAGAGCAAAAUCCUGUCCAUGGUACGACCACAAUCAAUGUCCCAGUAUUGCAGAGAGAGCAGAAUCCUAUUCCUAGUGCAAACAUGACUGCUGGAUUUAAUAUGCCUCAGUCUCACGUUGUAACGACACCCAUCUCACUGCCAGGAAUGCCACCUAUCACAGUCACCGCCUCUCUUCAAGACACUUCUUUCUAUCCAUCUAUUCUUCAACAGCAAAAUCAAUUGCCACCUGGCAUCAACACUACCACCGUCGCUCCGACGUUGCCGACGUCCACGCAGUAAGGAAUUCACGUUUUUAGAAAUUAAAUAAAUAGAAGAGUAUAUAAUUUUCACUUUAAUAAAGUA